AUGAAAGAAGAAGAUUUUGAAGAUUGGAAAGCCAAUAUAAAAAGACCUGAAAAAGAUAUGCGCUAUAAAACUGCGGAUGUCACCCUUACAAAGGGAAUUGAUUUUGAAGAGUUCUGUUUAAAGCGGCCACUUUUAAUGGCUAUAUUUGAAAAAGGAUGGGAGAAACCCAGUCCGAUCCAAGAGUCAGCGAUAAGUGUCGCAUUAUCAGGCAAAGAUAUAUUGGCACGAGCCAAAAAUGGAACCGGUAAAACUGGAGCAUAUUGCAUUCCCUGUAUAGAAAAAAUAAAUCCAGAUUUGAAGCAAAUUCAAGCAUUAAUUAUCGUACCAACACGAGAAUUAGCACUUCAGACAUCUCAGAUAUGCGUGGAAUUAAGCAAGCAUCUUGAUCUUAAGAUUAUGGUUACAACUGGCGGAACCGAUCUACGUGAUGAUAUUAUGCGUCUUAACGGUUCUGUACAUAUUAUAGUUGCCACUCCUGGUCGUAUUCUCGAUCUUAUGGAUAAAGGUGUAGCUAAUAUGUCGUAUUGUUCAACUCUUGUACUCGAUGAAGCAGACAAACUUUUAUCACAUGAUUUCCAACGUGUUUUGGAUAAAGCUAUUCCUUUUUUACCAGAAGACCGUCAAAUAAUGCUAUUUUCGGCAACUUUUCCAAUUACUGUAACGAAGUUUAUGGAAAAGCAUAUGCGUGAACCUCAUGAAAUCAAUUUAAUGGACGAGUUAACUUUAAUUGGUGUUACGCAGUAUUAUGCCUACGUACAAGAAAAGCAAAAAGUUCAUUGUCUGAAUACAUUAUUUCGAAAGCUUCAAAUCAAUCAGUCCAUAAUUUUCUGCAAUUCAACGCAGCGUGUGGAGCUGUUGGCGAAAAAAAUCACCGAAAUUGGCUACUCGUGUUACUAUAUCCAUUCACGGAUGGCGCAAGCACAUCGUAAUCGUGUAUUCCAUGAUUUUCGGCAAGGAAACUGUCGAAAUUUAGUUUGCUCAGAUUUGCUCACUCGUGGCAUAGAUAUACAAGCCGUUAACGUCGUGAUUAAUUUUGAUUUUCCUCGAAAUUCUGAAACCUAUUUGCAUCGUAUCGGACGUUCUGGUCGUUUUGGGCAUUUAGGGCUCGCAAUUAAUCUUAUCACUUAUGACGAUCGUCAUGCGUUGCGACGUAUUGAAUCAGAGCUGAAAACUCGUAUAUCACCAAUUCCCAAAGCGGUCGAUCCAAAAUUAUAUGUUGCUGACUGCCAUUUAGUUGAUGAGAAUUCAGAGCAAGGAAGAACAUCAGUCCCCAAUUGA